UCUGUUUGCUUAUUAUCUUUUUGAUAUCUACGUUUCUUUAUACCAAACUGUUGGAUAUCGAGGAUAAUGAAAAUAUAGUGUUAUUGAAUAACAAUCGGAAUACGGUGUAUGCAAAUUACUGGAAAAUAAAAAAAUAUAGGAGAUAAGAGAAAUUUAUAAAGAAAAGAGGAAGAUACAACAUGCCACAGAACGAGUAUAUCGAGAGGCAUCGUAAACUAUAUGGACGACGUUUAGAUUAUGAGGAAAGGAAAAGAAAAAGAGAGGCCCGCGAGCCUCAUAAACGUGCAGAACGUGCUCGUACUUUGCGUGGUAUAAAAGCAAAGAUUUUCAAUAAAGAACGGAGAAAUGAAAAGAUCCAAAUGAAAAAGAAGAUUAAAUCUCAUAUGGUAAAGAAAGUGAAAGAAAAGUCUUCCAAUGUACCGGAAGGAGCUCUACCUGUAUAUUUAUUGGAUCGUGACAUUAAAAAAGAUGCGAAAGUAUUGUCAAAUAUGAUAAAACAGAAACGUAAGGAAAAAAUUGGAAAAUGGGAUGUACCAAUACCUAAAGUUAAAACACAGUCAGAAUCUGAAGUCUUCAAAGUAAUGAGAAGUGGAAAAUCUAAACGCAAAUCUUGGAAAAGAAUGGUAACAAAAGUGACAUUUGUCGGUGAGAACUUUACUAGGAAACCACCAAAAUUCGAAAGAUUUAUUAGACCAAUGGCACUCCGUUUCAAAAAGGCACAUGUAACUCAUCCUGAACUAAAAGCCACAUUUUGUUUACCUAUUAUUGGAGUUAAAAAGAAUCCAAGUUCACAAAUGUAUACAAGCUUAGGUGUUAUUACUAAAGGAACAAUUAUCGAAGUGAAUAUUUCAGAAUUAGGUCUUGUAACUCAAUCUGGAAAAGUAGUAUGGGGAAAAUAUGCUCAAGUUACAAAUAAUCCUGAAAACGAUGGCUGCAUCAAUGCUGUAUUACUUGUAUAAAUUCCUUUUGUUGAAUUAUUACAUUAUGUAUGCUGAUAAUAUGUCUGUAAUAAAAAUUGUUUAAAUGUAAA